AAGGCCUCUUCUGAUAUUUGUCCGAACACAUAUUAUCAUUCAACUCAAAUCCCCAAGUCACCAUUCUCUAUGGGUUCAUUAACUGAAACCGACACUGCCUUACCGAACCAGGACGAGACUGUGACAGAGUCAACAGAGUUCAAGAAGAAUCAAAAACGGUACCAAGAACUCAUCGCCACCUUUCCUCACCAAAAAGGCUGGAGACCCAAUAAUUCCUUUAUUGAGUACGGUGGUCACUGGCUGAUGCAACCUCGCGUUGAAGGCUGCAUGUACGCACAAGAGUUCUUCCAAGCCCGACCUAAUGACUUACUCAUCUGUACCUACCCAAAGACAGGUACCACGUGGCUCAAAGCCCUCACGUUUGCAAUCUCCAAUAGAUCUUUAAACGAUUCCUCUAACCCUCUCUUAAAACGUAACCCUCAUGAGCUUAUUCCUUACAUUGAGGUUGAAUUCGCUUUCUUCCCAAACGCUGAUGCUCUCAAAGACAAAGAGAACACUCUGUUUGCUACUCAUCUACCUUACGGGUUAUUGCCAGAGUCGGUUUCAAGAUCUGGUUGCAAGAUGGUUUACAUCUGGAGAGACCCUAAAGACACUUUCAUCUCCCUGUGGACUUUUAAUCAAAAGCAAAAGACAGACGAUGGCCCUCUCAACAGUCUUGAGGAGUGUUUUGAUAUGUUCUGUCGUGGCUUCUCUAGCAACGGUCCUUAUCUAGACCAUGUCUUGUCGUAUUGGGACGCUUACCAAAAGAAUCCAGAUCGAAUCUUGUUUCUCAAGUAUGAGUCGAUGAGGGCUGAUCCUUUGCCGUAUGUGAAGAGAUUGGCUGAGUUUAUGGGUUGUGGAUUCACAGCUGAGGAAGUGAAGGAAAGGGUUGUUGAGAAAGUUGUGAAGCUUUGCAGUUUCGAGACGUUGAAGAAUCUUGAAGCCAACAAAGGGGAGAAAGAUAUGAAGGCUCGUCCUUCUAGCUAUGCGAAUAGUGCUUUUUUCAGGAAGGGUGAGGUCGGAGAUUGGCAGAACUACUUGACUCCAGAGAUGGCAGCAAGAAUCGAUGGAUUGAUGGUGGAGAAACUGAAGGGUUCUGGUUUGCUUGAGUGGUAAGUUACCCGAGUGAUGAUGGAUCCUUUUAUACUGGUUGGUUCAUUUUCUCAUUUUAAUUCCACGUGUUAAGUUAAGAAUAAAUCUUGUCUCUCGUUUUGGUUCACCGUGUGGGAAUUUGAAUUUGCUUCUUUAAAUUUGUCCUGGACUUUCCGCUUUGAUAAUAUGCCUUGUUCGGUUUGUUAAGGACAAUUGAAGUAUGCUUUAUAGACUCUUAAUUUC